AUGAGUUCCAACAAGCCUACCCGCAAGUUUUCCACGGGCGCCACCUCGCACCGCAAGAGGCAGAUGAGCCUUAUGGUCGAGAAGGAUGGCCAUGUCAAUGCUCCUCUUCAGACCUUGUACCUGGGUAUCUCUGCCGUCUUCGCCGAUGACCAUACCGCCGUUAUUGCACUUGCCAUUCACGACACUGUUUAUCUCAAUGACUUCUCUAUCAAGCACAUCUCUCUCGAUGAGGAGAUGCGUGAGGGACAGGAUCUCAUUGCGGAUCACAUCAUCAGUGAGGUCGAGGCUUACGAGCAUGACAACUUUGUCAAGUUCAUUGGAGCCGGUCUCCCUGUCACGCUCAAGUAUAUGAGCCCUUCUCUGUGCUCGCGUCUCUGGCUGGAUCUGGAUAUUGUCCCUGUGGUCCUUAGACCUGACCAUGAGGCGAAGGAGAAGAACUUCUGGGAUGUCAAGCGCGUCGAUGAGCAAGCCGAUUCCAUGGCUCGCAAGUGUAUUCUAAACUUCGGGCCCUCUCUCACACCGCAUCUUCAGGUCGGCUACCGAGGCAUUGUUCAGACAGAUGCAGGAUUCCGCGUCCAUCUUACAAAUCUCCAAAACCACAAGGAUACCUGCUCCAGCGCCACGUGGAACGCUACACAGUUCUACGCUAACAAGCUGCGUGAGAAGAAGACUAAACUCGCCUUCUUCAGUGCUACCCCACAAGGCGGUGGUGUUGCCCUCAUGCGACAUGCUCUUGUCCGUCUCAGUCGCCUCAUGGGAGUAGACGUGACCUGGUAUGUUCCCAAGCCACGACCCGGUGUUUUCAGAAUCACCAAGAACCAGCACAACAUCCUUCAAGGUGUCAGUCACCCUGACCAACGAAUCUCUGAUGCAGAGAAAGGUGCCAUCACCGACUGGAUUGAGGACAAUGCCAAGCGAUACUGGCUCUCUGAGGGUGGUCCCCUUCGUCCCCCAGAGGAGGGUGGUGCCGACAUCAUUUUUAUCGAUGAUCCUCAGAUGCCUGGACUUAUCCCCAUGAUCAAGAGACUCACUCCUAAUCGCCCUGUUCUUUACAGAUCUCACAUCCAAAUCCGAAGUGAUCUCGUUGCCAAGGAAGGAUCACCUCAGGCCGAUAUCUGGAACUAUCUCUGGAGCAACAUCAAAGAGUCCGACAUGUUCAUCAGUCACCCCAUUCCCAAGUUCGUUCCUCAUACCGUUCCCAAGGAGAAGGUUGUCUACCUUCCUGCUACCACAGACUGGAUUGAUGGCUUGAACAAGCACAUGAACAAGUGGGACACUGGCUACUAUGCCCAUAUCUACAACACGCAGUGCAGAAACCAACGAAUGACCGAACUUGACUGGCCCAACCGCAAAUACAUCGCGCAGGUCGCGCGAUUCGAUCCUGCCAAGGGUAUCCCUACUGUCAUCGACUCGUACGCAGAGUUCCGUCGCCGCUGCGAUGAGGCUAACAUCACUGAUGUUCCCCAGCUUGUUGUCUGCGGUAACGGUUCCAUUGACGACCCAGACGGAGCCAUCAUUUUUGACCAGACAAUGACUCAACUGGAAGAUCAUUAUCCUCACCUCCUCGACGACGUUAGCGUCAUGCGUCUUGACGCCAAUGACCAGCUUCUCAACAUGGUCAUUGCCAACGCCCAUGUCAUUCUCCAGCUGUCAACUCGUGAAGGAUUUGAGAUCAAGGUCUCCGAAGCUCUCCAUGCGGGUGUUCCUGUCAUCGUGUCCAAUGAAGGUGGUAUUCCUCUUCAGGUCAAGGACAAGGUCAAUGGAUAUCUUGUUACCCCUGGUGACUACAAGACUGUUGCCGGACAUCUCAUGGACUUGUACACUGAUACCGAGCUCCAUGCUAAGAUGUCUCGUGAGGCCAAGAACGGUGUUAGUGAUGAGGUUGGCACUGUCGGCAAUGCCCUGGGUUGGUUCUACCUGGCUGCCAAGUGGCAGGAGCUUGGUACUAACCCUGGCCUUCGUGGUGACGAGAAGUGGGUGAACGACAUGGCUCGUGAAGAAGCUGGAUAUCCCUACACCGAAGGCGAGAACCGUCUGCCUCGUCACUACACUCAGCGCAAGGAGGAGGAGAAGGUGCAGGAGAACGGUCAUGAUGAGUAG